AUGGUGACCGACGGUCUGGCUGUUAAAACUUCAGCGACACAAGAAUUUGCAAUUGAAAAGUUAUAUCAUGAAAUUUGUUAUAAAAAGACCCCCAGACGUAUCGCGUGGUCUCCUCAAAAUUUGAUAGCAUGGUCACCUACUAAUAGCGAUACAUUUGAUACCCGACAUCAAGGUUCCGUUCCAAGCAUUGGCAUUUUUAAUCCAUGCAGGCUUCCUUCAGAUGAUGGCAGCGCAGGAUCAGCUUGGUCUUUCACAAGAAAGAGCAAUUUUUUCCCUCUUAAUGAUAUUGAAAAGCAUCACCGUCAUGGUGAUGAAAUCACUGAUCUAGUAUGGAAUCAAACUGGUUCUGCGUUGGCUUCAAUUGAUCAAAGAGGUAAAAUUGCUUUAUGGAUGAUGGACAAUUUUGUGAAUCAAUGGAAAUGUAUAUGUGAUGUUGACCUUGGUGGAAGUAUUGUUGAAUUCUCAUGGCUAGAUUAUGUACGAGUGUACUCCCGUGUCUCUGGUACUGGAACAUCAAUGUAUAAGCGGGGUACAUUUAAAGGUCCGCGAAAUCAAUUUGGAGAAUUCGCGUUUCUAACAGUCACUUCUGAUGGCAAGGUCACGGUCUGUUAUCAAGACGGGAAGAGGUUUUUUUCAAAAAUUAAUACAGAAUUGCCGUUCAUAUCUGGUCGUAUAUCACGCAUAUCGCAUGCAGACUUAAUACUUAAUAAAGAUGGCCGUUAUAUUUUGGCUAUACAUUGUCCUGAAUAUUGUCAAAAGAUUGUAAUGUUUUAUGAAAUCUCUGUUGAUAUGCUCAAAUUGCAUAUUAAUUGUCAACCGAUCGCAGAUGUACACCUCACUGCUCAUAUAAACGAUUCAUCGUUUACUAUCGAUAGGGUUCGAGCUCCUAUUAUACACCUAAAAUUACUCUCAGAUUCCCAAGAUAAUGUAAUUAAACUAAUAGUUGUCACAGCUGACAAAGCUGAUAAUGGCGACGGAAAUAAUAUUUUUAAUAGUGAUGUGAUUAUGUGGGAACUACAAACGUCCCCUAUAAGUUUAGAUUUUAGUAGUCUGCCAUUACGAGACAAUAACCAUUCUAAGGAAAUUCGCUUUGUUGCCGGUACUCAUUUACCCGGACAAUUAGUGACUAAUAUAUGGGUUCAUAAAAGAGAGCUUUUUAUUGGUCUUAGUAAUGGUCAGACGCAAUUCCGUAACUGUGCGUGGAUACCUCAUAAUGGGAAGGAUGACUCAAAUACAAGUGCAAUAACGGAAUUUGCUACAUCACCCAAUGGUACGUUGCUACUUUGUGGGCGAUUAUCUGGUGAACUUGAUUGUUUUGAUAUGGCAGAUAUAAAUUGGGCAUCUUCACAAACUAACAUCGACAUUAUGGAUUUGUUUCAGGUGGCCUAUGCUUGCGUAAAUCAAUUAACUUUGUCUAUACUAAACAACACGGAUCAUACGGAUUUGGAAAAUAUCGUAAGGAAACAUUAUAUUUCUGCUAUUUCUGAAUCGAAUGUCAUAGACCAAUUAGAUCUCAUAUUACAGAGGAUCUUCGUUAAUAUCUCUAACGUUUUUCCACAUGGAUUUGAAUCGGCGAUAUCUUCUGAUUUUCUGAUUAGACUUUUUGGAUUACAGCUUUCACUAUUAAAAUCUUGUGGGCGUGAUAAUAUUUCAUAUUUAAAUACCUUAUUCACUAUGCAUCUACGUGCCUUAGAAAUUACUUUUCGAAAUAGUAUAUCUUCGGAUGAUAGUUUUGUAGCGGAUUCUCUCCCAUCCCUUGUAUCUCUAACAUCAUGGAUUUUGGAUUUUUUUGCGUAUUUCAUACGAAAUAUUUAUUUACUAUACUUCACUAAGAGUCAAGGACAUGGUUCAGCCAACGAAAAGUCUCAUAUUGUCCUCCUUUACCAUUCCAUAAGCCGAUCCGCAUUGGAAAAUCUAAUUUCAUAUGUUGGACAAUUUGAGAAAUAUAUAGCUAAACUUUAUUCAAAUAAUCCGAGCGAUCCAAAAAAUAAAAUGAUGCAUCGGUCACUACAAUACUCUUUUGAAAAAUGGCCAUUAAAACUGGAUUUAUUAGGAUCAUUCAUCAAAGAAUCUAGGCAGAUUAUUGAAAAAACACUCUCAGACUCAGGAUUAUCCGAUAGCAAACAAAACAUGUACCUAAUUAUCCUUCGUUCUGUUCUGCCCCAGUCUUUACACGGAACUUUAAAGGAAAUUGAGCAAAUCUUCAUAACUUCUUUCAAUGCUGUCAACAAAGUUAAGCUAUACGCAUAUGAUACGAAAUUGAUUGAAUCCGUCUCUAUCGAUAUCGUUCUCAAGUCGCGUACCAGUAUGGAUCGAACUUGUAUACGGUGUGGGCAUUAUUCUGCAAUAAUGGAUGUACAAAACACACGAUGGGCAAAAAGCUAUACAAGAUCUUGUGUUUGUGGGGGACUUUGGAUUGAUAUAAGAAAUCAAUAA